UAAAUAAAAGAUAAACCGAAAAAGUUAUUCACCUAGAAUGUUGUGUUAAAUAACUCGCAGAGUACAAGAUGUGCAUUCAACCAAAUUUAUUUUAAAUGGCUGUCCUAUGGACAGACUUGUUCACACAAUGGGAAUGUUGAAUUUCCAUCAAUAACUCAGGGCUGGUGACAGAGAUAGGCACUGCCCAACAUUUUUUUGAGCAGGGAGGCACAUUUAAAUGGAUGUUAACAAUGCGGUUAUAGCUAAGGGCAUUUUCUCCAACAGCCCUUUAAUGCUACACGGGAGAUCUUUUUUUUGACGAGUGUGCCGAGGAAAUUCCGACGCAGGGCUCCGUGGCCGCCUAGUGGAAGGGGUGAGUAUUGCGCGUGAAUUCCCUCGCCCCUCGCCCAGCAGUCCGGCACAGCUCCUCGCAGCCACGAGCCGCGUGCGGUCACUCUGAACAGAGCAGCGCCCAAGCUGCAUUCUCGGCGAUGUUGUCUGAGCCCUCAACGCAGCCGGGCAUUUGCCUGUAGAACACAGCAGUCCAUGCAAUUAUAUAUACACAGAAUAUAUACUGUCUCACAAUUGAUAUCGUGCAUUGUUGAUCGCUUCUGCUCUACUUAAUAGCUUCUGUGUCGUUAUCUGUUGGUUAAGAGCUCAUUCAAAUUCACCCACGCAAGGCACGUGCAACAAGGCUGAUCAUUUUCUUUUCAAAUGAAAAUCCUCAAAAAUGAGACUGAGCCAGAAAUGAGAAGAGUUGCAGAGCAAGGAGAGGCAAUGGUGGCAUCAACGAAGAUUACAGAUUCUUCUAACGCAGACACCUCAAAACAAGAAGCCUGAACAAACAUGAUUUGCACGACAGCCUUGGGCACUGGCGUUUUGGAAAUAUCCUUCAAAGCUCUGAUCUACGUGAGUCUUAUAGUGACGAUGGAGGCAGUAGCAGCAGUAUCGGCCAAGCCCCAGCAGCUGAACCAGACGAAGCCUCCAGUGAUGACCAACCGGCCGUUCAUCGUGGUCUGGAACGCGCCCACGCAGCAGUGCCGAAAGCGGUUCAACGUGGACCUCAACCUAGGCGUUUUCGACAUGUCCUCCAGUCCCAGCGAGGGCAUCACAGCGCAGAGCGUCACCGUCUUCUACUACAACCGCCUGGGCCUAUAUCCGCUCUACACCGAGGACGGAACGCCCAUCAACGGUGGCCUUCCGCAGAACGCCAGCCUCCAGCGCCACCUCGAGAAGGCACGGCUCGAUAUCGAGACGUACGUGGCGCGCCGGGCGGCCAGCUCGGGGCCCAGCCAGCUGGCCGUCAUCGACUGGGAGGAGUGGCGGCCGCAGUGGGUGCGCAACUGGCAGAAGAAGGAUGUGUACCGCCAGAAGUCACGGCAGCUCGUGCGGGAGCGCCGGCCCAACUGGCCGGGCCCCAGGGUGUCCCUGCAGGCCCAGAGGGAGUUCGACGCAGCGGCGCUCGCCUUCAUGAAUGAGACGCUCCGUAUGGCCAGGGGCCUGAGGCCUCGCACGCUCUGGGGCUUUUACCUCUUCCCUGACUGCUACAACUACGACUACAAGGAGCGGCCGCUCAACUACACGGGCCGGUGCCCGGCCGUCGAGCUGCAGCGGAAUGACGACCUGCGCUGGCUGUGGGAGGGCAGCACGGCACUCUUCCCCUCUGUCUACAUGGAGCGGACGCUCGCUUCGUCACGCAACGGCGAGAGGUUCGUGCGGCAUCGCGUGCGGGAGGCGCUCCGCGUGGCCGCAACGUCCCGGCCGUCGCUGCCCGUGUUCGUGUACUCCCAGCCCGCCUACGCCUACACCUUUGAGCUGAUGGCCGAGGUCGACUUGCAGCACAGCAUCGGGGAGAGCGCGGCACUGGGGGCAGCUGGAGUCAUCCUGUGGGGAGACAUCAAGUACGCUCGGUCCAGGGCAAACUGCGAGAAACUACGGAGCUACAUUGCAGAGCGGCUGGGCCCAUACGUGGUGAACGUGACAUCCGCGGCGCGACUCUGUGGCCAGGCGCUGUGCCGCAGGAACGGACGCUGCGCUCGCAAAGAUCCGGACAGUGGCGCUCUUCUGCAUCUGAGUGACGACGCUUUUGAGGUUCAGCGGCCGUGGACAUGGGAGGAUGGCGGUGGUGAUGCCGGCGACGUCCCACGAGCGAGGGGUGGCUUUGUGGUGAGUGGGAGACUCCCGGCUCGUGACGUUGCGCGCUGGAGGAGGAACUUCGAGUGCCGCUGCUUCAGCGGCUGGGUGGGCACGCGUUGCAGCGUGGACGAGCGGAGCCAGACUGCUGCGGGCUCCGGCUCGCCCGCUUUCCGCCGCGCCAUCCCCAUCGUCUGGCUCAUGCUGCUAGUUCUGUCCGUGCUGCUGGCUGGGAGCGGAGACCUGAGCGGACCAUGAACUCGGAUGGACAUUGGACGAAUGCAGUCUCGGCCGGUUGGCCGGCCUAGAAGCCCACGACGGUUGGGAAAGGAGAGGGGGGGAUCGGGAGAAGGCUGUGUGGAAAGCAGUGUGUAAUAUUUUGAAUGGGCAGGUUAGUUUUGUCAAGGUUUUUUUCUCUUCUCCUUUUGCGAUUGCACGAGUGGUGCCGAGCCCCAUGGGACCCCAAUGGUAAGCUGCCAUUGGACAUUUCCUGUGUGUGUGGUCCACCAAAUAGAGCCGUUCAAUCCCGAUGCUCGUGAAUGGCUCUUUUUUCCUAUAACACCGGGCACACGUUUAUAUCUACUUUAUUUUCUCCUGCAUCUAUGCAUCAUCUCCUUAAUUUUGAAGGCCCAAUACCUCUCUUAGUUUGAGUAGCCAUGUACGCAUUUCCAAAUUUAUUUUGUAUUAGUAUCAUUAGUAUAUUCUUUGGGUCUUUCGGUAAAGUCACGUAGAUAGGUUCACUUUACCGAAAGACCCAAAGAAUAUAAAUUCCUGCAGUCACGAAAGCUUUAAGUUAUCAUUAGUUUCUAAAAGUAAACAGUUUGUACAGGCAUACGUCUUACAGCUCUCAGGAUGCAUUCUUGAUAAACGGAGCGCUACACGAAACAGCACUAUAGGAAGUCACUGUAACAUGGUGUAUCGGUAACAGCCUUAAUGAUAUUGUACACAUGAUAAAUGUAUGAAAGCAUAUUAUGAAUGAAAAUUUGAACUUUUAAUGAUGGCAUAAAAAUACAAUUAAAUUAUGUACUGUAGUUGCCUUGGUCGAUGAUCGCCCUCAGGGUGUUGGGGUAUUCACGCGCGGCCUGGUCGUCAGUGCCCUGUGUGCGUUUAUCAGCACUAUAAGAGGCAGCGCUCUAAGAGGUAUGCCUGUAAUCAUAAAUACAUUUACUUUUCCUGUGCAUUACUGUAUAUAAUAGUCGCUAAUAAUGUACAGCUCAUUGUCAGUCAUGGAGCUUGUUUGGUCAAUACGGGUUGGAGACGGACAACUCCUUAACAAACAAAUGAUACUGAGAACAGGAAACGAUUAAAGCAUCUGUGCAAAGGCGGAUCUAGAAAUUUCCCAGGGGGCUGUCCUGAUCAUUCAAGCUUUUUUUUUAAUCCAAACUUUUAAAAAUCGAUAAAAUGUCUAUUUUUUUAGUCUUGAGGGGGGAGGAGGGGAAAAAAUCUCUCUCCAUCACUUCCCCACAGAGGAACCGACACUGCAUCUGUGUCGUGCAAUGGGUUAUGGGUAGGCGAGCUGCUCUGCCAAUAGGUUGAUACGUAAUUGCAGGUGCUGUUGUUUGGGAAUCCAAUGACUGCUGCUUCCUAUGCUCGGGAAGCAUUUUGUCCAUUUUCUGCCCGUCUAUCAGUCCAGUAUCCAGGACACUUUAUAUGUUUUCUCGUGGUAGAACGUUUUUAUUGUUAAAACUUUAGAGCAGAUUGACAAUUCCUGAAAGUGGAUUUGUUGUUUUGGCACCAAAGUUGUAGAGCAGCUCACCCACAAACAGUAAUUAUUCUCAGAUAAUAAUUCAAAUGAAGUGGAAAAAAUCGAGACGACUCAAUCACAUUUUAGAAUACAAAUUUUGUCCUCUCGUUUAAUACGUGUAUUGUCUAUAUAAAAUUGUUUUUGAACGUUGUAUUUGGUUGGCAAUCGCUUCCCCACUGAGUAAGGAUCUCCAGAUUGCUCAGCCGCCACGAUACGCAUUGCAUGGUUGGUGGGGUACUGACUAUUACACGAUUAAGGCGAUGGUGAUUUCAUGAAAGUAAUUAAACCGAUCAACCAAUUGCCAUGAAACGUAUCAAACAGCUUACCAAUACGAAGGUCCGUAUAUUUACAAUUUUUGGCAAAUAGUGGCAAUAAAAUACUUUCAAGUAAACCUUUUGAAGUAUUUCAAAAAUAACAGUUCAGGUGUGUUUUUCUUAACGGGCGUUCUUUCUACGAGAAUUCCCUAUAAUGAGCAAUUUCAAUUUAGACCAAUUUGUUCGCAAAACGAGCAAAAUGCGUCCUGUGGUGGCAGGGGGCGGCACGGUUGUCCGCAGCUGUUUGUUUACCAGCUCUCCUGUGCUGUGUUUCCGCAUGAUUCGUCGUAUGGGGAGGGGGUCUAGUGGUGGUACUGUAAUAGGUGGGGGUGGCGGCGGCGCUAUUUGCAGACGCUGAGGACAGGCAAGCACUGUGGUUCUUCACGUGUGGUAAGUGUUACAUUUGAUGUUUUAGAACUUUAUUUGAAAAUUAUAAUUCGUAUUUCUCACGUAGUUCAAGGGUGGAACAUUUUGGGGAUGUUCCACAUGGGAUUCAAUGAGAACAUGGUGAUCGUUUAACGAAUUUUCGUUGACCGAGCAAUUUUCGCGUAACGUAUUUUGCUCAUUAAACGAGACGCCUGUA